AGGAGGAGGAGGAGAGCGACGCAGGGACGGGAGGGAAGAAGAGGAAAGGAAAAAAAGAGAAGGAGGGCCCGGGGAAGAAGAAAAAGCGCGCGAAAAAGGACCCGAACGCGCCGAAGCAGGCGCUGUCUGCCUACAUGCUCUUCACCCAGGCCUCGCGGGAGGCGGUCAAGGCAGAGCAGCCCGGGCUGAAGGUCACGGAGAUCUCCAAGGUGAUGGGCGAACGAUGGCGGGCGCUCUCGGCGGAGGAGAAGAAGGUGUUCGAGGACCAGGCAGCCAGCGCCAAGGUCCGGUACGGGGAAGAACUGCGGGCCUACAAGGCGAAGAAGAAGGAGGAAGCGGCGGAGAGCGGGGGGGAGGGGCCGUCCGGGAGUGGGGGUGAGUCAUCGGAGUCAGAGGGGGAGCGCGAGGUGGAGGAGAAGGCGCCGCCGGCGAAGAAGAGGACGCGGGCCACGGCGGGGGAGGGCGGGGCAGUGGUGGAACUGGCGAGCAGCGACAGCAACGAGGAGUCCUCGGUGGCGUCCGAGUCCUCUGCGGAGAGUGGGAGCAGCGGCGACGAGAGCGGGAGUGGAAGCGAGGAGGGGAGCGGGUAAUGGGGUGAGGGGGGGACAAGACGGCGACUAGAGGGGAAGCGGGUUGGAUGAGGCCAUGAGAUGGACGAGGAGGAUGGGGACGAUGCCCGGGGUCAAAGACAUGGAGAGGGGGAAGGAUACAAUUUCG